ACGAAGGAACAGGAAAGGACCUGAGCGCACGUGAAUAUCUCUGUCUCUCUGAGAGUCCCUGAUGCUCUCGUGUUACUAACUGUCCAGCAAAGAGAAGUCUCACCAUCGUCUUUGGACUGGAAGGACUGGGAGGAAGCUGACAUCCAGGAUUCUACUAAGGUCAUGACACAAGAAGGAUCUACGGAAGAGCUUCACAGCAGGCAACCAUGUGAGAGCGAACUAAAGGAGUGUGCUGGACUGCUGGUUAACAGAAGCAGAAAGACAAUGGUGACAGGAGGUGGAGGCUACCUGGGAUACCACCUGGGAUGUGCUCUUGUCAGGUCAGGAAUUGCUGUUGUUCUAUUUGAUGUACGGAAACCUAAAUGGGAAAUUCCAAAUGGAGCAGAUUUUUGCAAGGGUGAUGUGAGGGAUUAUGAUGCAGUGUUCAAAGCAUGUGAAGGAGUUGACUGUGUUUUUCACGUGGCUGCAUGUGGAAUGUCAGGAUUAGAACAACUUCAAAAGAAAGACCAGAUUGAAUCCAUAAAUGUCGGAGGCACAAAAAUAAUAAUUGAUGUCUGCAAACAAAGAAAUAUCCCUAGGCUGAUAUAUACCAGUACAGUGAAUGUGGUAUUUGGAGGGAAUCCUAUUGAAGAAGGAGAUGAAGAUACUGUGCCAUAUUUUCCACUGGAAAAGCAAUUUAAUCAUUAUUCUAGAACAAAGGCAAUUGCAGACCAAAUGGUUCUUGCUGCUAAUGGAACUUUACUCAAAGGAGGGGAUAAGCUCCAUACCUGUGUACUGCGUCCACCAGGCAUAUAUGGACCAGAAGAGCAGCGUCACCUGCCACGAGUAGCCAAAAAUAUCCAGCGGAGACUAUUUAACUUCAACUUCGGGAAUCACAAAGUCCAGAUGAACUGGGUUCACAUAGGCAACCUAGUACAAGCUCACUUACUAGCUGCUGAGGCUCUCACCGCUGAGAAAGGUUAUGUAGCUAGCGGUCAGGCGUAUUACAUACAUGACGGGGAAAACGUCAUCUUUUCUGAAUGGAUAGUCCCGUUAUUUGAAAAAUUAGGCUACAGGAAACCCUGGAUGCAUAUUCCUGUUCUUCUGGUUCAUAUAGCAGCUGCUGUGAUGGAAUAUCUGCACCUGAUACUAAAGCCAGUUUUUAGCUUUACACCUUUCUUGACAAGGAAUGAGGUGUGGAACAUUACUGUCACUCACACUUUCCGAAUAGACAAAGCACGAAAUCAACUUGGUUACAAACCGAAGAAAUUCUCAUUCGCUGAUUCUGUGGAUCACUAUCUUAAAACAAGACCUGCUUGCCAAGAAGAUCACAUGUUCCUUAAAAUGGUGUUUGCUUUUGGCAUCUUGUUAAGUUUGAUCGUUCUUUCUUUCUUCUAAAAUUGAAUUGCCCACCUGUUCCAGAAAACCUAAUCUUGUUUGAGUACCAAUGAUCUGGUCCUCAUACAUUCCUCAGUCCCUGUGGACUUCAUUAUUCUUACGAUUACGAUGACAACUCUCUGAUCUCAUUUUAAAAACAAAAGAAAAACCCAGAAAAGUGAAAACAUGGGACACAUCAGGAAAUGUUCCUAGAGGGCAGUGCAGUGUCACAAAAUCAAAGGAGUUCACCGCUGACUGGUGCAGAAAUAGUUUUAAUGGAUCUUCAUGAAUGGAUUGCUUCAUGCUGAGAACAAUUUUCCAAAAAUGAUAAUUCAGGAGGGUACGAAAUUGGAAGAUGAGGAAGUGUUGUAGGAUUGCGGUGCUGUAAGAAGUCCAGUAGCUCCGAUGCAGAGAAGGUUGGCUAAGCAAUUCCUCUGAUAAAGCUGCUGCUAUAGCAACUGUAGGUCAGCCUGAGGAAUUCUGAAGACCUGGGAAACAGUACAAAAACUAUGAACAGUAAAUGUUUUUAAAUAACAGGUGGUGAGAGGACUGAAAGUCAUAUUUAUAUAAAAUAGUUUUAUCAUUCAAAAGCUUUGUAAAAAUGUAAUAAAUGGCAUGUGUGUUUGUAAAUCAAAUAGUUGCUUUUCA